AUGGAUCAAUAGCAAGAUUUAAAGGAAUUAAUUUAGCUGUAUAAUAGCGCUGCUUAGCUGAAGAGGAAAGCAGAAAAAAAAUUAAUCCGAUUCACUGAUUGUUUAACAGAGGAGGAUAAAAUUACAUGCGGUAUUGACUUAAUAGAUGAAAUUAAUACAAUCAGAUAAAAAAUAAAACAGGAAAGAAGAGAGAAAGCUGAUAAUAGCGUGAGAAAUUCUUACAUAUCGCUUUAAAAUUCAAUGUCUGAAAAUAAUCUUACCCUGAGAAAAUAACUUAAUGAAAAAUCAAUGAUGCUUGAAUAAGAAAAAAUAAAUUUUAGAGAAUAAAUUGAGGCAUCUUAAUUUUAAUUGAACAAGCUUAAAUAAGAGUUAGAGAUCUUGAGAGACAGUAACCUGGAUGAGAUAAAUUAAUUAAUCUUGAAAAAUUAGCAAUUAGAUGAGAUAAUCAAUUAAUUAAAUAAGGAACUUAUCUAAACUUAGAAUAAAUUGUAAAUAUAUAAGGAUGAAGAAGAAAGGAAAAAAUAGUUUUACUACCUAAUAGAAAACCUUAAAACUGCUAUUAUAAAUAAUUAUGAUAAUAUCAUUCCAACACCACUCAAAGAUGCAGCAAAACCAAAUGAGAUGUCUAAUAAAUGUGAAUAAUAAGAAGAAGAUAAACCAUUAAACGAAUAAAAUUUAAUCUAAAAUAAAAUGAAAUAACUCUAUCAGAUUUUCAGUGAUAAAUAAAAAUCUUUACAUUUACAAGCUGAAGAAUAAUUUAUCUAAAUUGAGAGUGGUAUAACAAACAUGGAAGAAUUUCUUUAAAGAAUUAUUGAUUAAGAAGAAACACUUAAAGAAAAAAACAAAUUUCGCAGUUUAGGAACAAGUUAAGAUCUAACACAUCAUUAAUAUUUUGAGGAUAAUGAACACUAGGAUAGUAAAUAUAAAAUUUUAAAUAAAAUUUAUUAGAAUUGA